AUGUCGAGUGCUCGCUCCCCGACCGUCAUCGACCUCGAUAAGCAGGCCCUCAUGAACGGCGGAUCACCGCGGAUCGGGGCCGGCUCGCUCAAGUCGGCCAAAGUCGAGGAGGUCUCGACAAGGGAACAGGUCCUUCCCAUCUUGGCCUACUGCGCCGCUAGUAUCACCAUGACCGUCGUCAAUAAGUUCGUCGUGUCAGGUGCUCAGUUCACUAUGACUUUUUUGCUUCUCGCAAUCCAGUCAUUGGUCUGCGUCCUGGUCGUCACCACAGUGAAGCGCCUAGGCAUAAUAAACUUCCGUGACUUUGACACUGCCGAUGCCAAAGCCUGGUUCCCCGUCUCGUCCCUCCUCGUCGCGGUCAUCUAUACCGGCUCAAAGGCCCUUCAGUUCCUCUCCAUCCCAGUCUACACCAUCUUCAAGAACCUCACGAUCAUCCUGAUCGCAUACGGAGAGGUCUUCAUGUUCGGCAACUCCGUCACUGGGCUCACCCUCGUUGCUUUUGCUUUGAUGGUCGGAUCAUCCGUCAUCGCAGCGUGGGCAGCAGGGACCGACGUCUCAGAUCACCGAUCCACUCAGGCGGGAUACGUCUGGAUGGCUCUUAAUUGCUUCGCCAGUGCCGCAUAUGUCCUGUACAUGCGGAAACGAAUCAAGAUUACCGGGUUCAAAGACUGGGACUCGAUGUUCUACAACAAUCUCCUGUCUAUCCCCGUCCUCGCUGUCGCAUCAAUCAUCAUGGAAGACUGGGGAACGAAAAGCCUCAAUGCAAACUUCCCGGCAGACAAUCGUAUCGUCCUCCUCUCCGCAAUCGCCUUCUCCGGCGCCGCCGCCGUCCUCAUCUCCUACUCUACCGCAUGGUGUGUCCGCGUCUGCGGAUCCACCACCUACUCGAUGGUCGGCGCGCUCAACAAGCUGCCUGUCGCCGCGUCGGGCAUGCUGUUCUUUGGGGACCCGGCGAGCUUUGGGAAUGUAUCGGCCAUUGGGGUCGGAGGGGUUGCUGGCAUUGUGUAUGCCGUGGCCAAGACGAAUCAGGCCAAGGUUGAGCGGGCGCGGCAGGAAGCGGGAGGUAGAGUGUAG